AUGAAAUUUGAUUGACGUUUGUUUAUUUUCUGCUUACAUAUGUUAAUCAUAUAAUUUAUAAUAAAAUAAUCUUGUUAAGUUUUAAAAAUGACUAAUUGUGAAUUAAAUCAAAUAUUUCUUGGAGAAAUUGCAUCUGUACAAAAUUAUGGUGCUUUUAUCAGAAUCCCAGGUUGUUCUGUACAAGGAUUAAUACAUAGAUCACAAAUUAGUUGUGUUCAUGUUGAUAAUGUUACAGAAGUUUUACAAAAAGGGGAACGUGUUUGGUGUAAAGUUAUUUCUAUUGGAGAUGAUAGAAAAAUAGGAUUAUCUAUGAAAUAUGUAAAUCAGGGAAAUGGUACAGAUUUAGAUCCAAAUGGAGUACAAUUACAAAGAGAUAUACAAAAGAAAAAGAUUAUUGAAAAGCAUGAACGCAAAACUAUACAUUUAGAAGCAGUUCUUAAUACUACAUGUAAAAAGUGUGGAACUGCUGGUCAUUUAUCUAAUGAUUGUUUUAUGAGUCCUGAUGGAAAAAAGUAUGAACUAAUUCCAGAAAUAGAAGAACAGAAAAAAGAAGAACAAAAAGAUGUUCAAACAGAAACUAAUAUAAGUAAGAAAGAAAAAAAACAUAAACAAAAGAAAUUAAAAAAGAAAAAAAAAUCUAAAAGAAUCAGACAAGAUAUUCUUGAUAGUGAUUCUGAUGAAAGUAUAAUUAAAAAAAAAAAGAAAAAAUAUUCUAAAGAUCAGAAAAGAAAGAAAAAAUAUGACAGUUCUUCUAGUGAUGAAAGUUCUAGUGAUAGUGUUUCUAGUCAUGAUAUGAAAGCUCAUAAACGAAAGCAUUCAGAAAAUUUAGAAAAACAUACUAAGAAAUGUAAACAUUCAAAAACUAAAUAUACUGAUAAGUGAAAAUAUAAAAUAUAAAAGCUUUAAAAUUCAAAAUUAUUUUUUGUGUUAAUUUUAUAUUUUUUUAAAUAAUUAAAAUAUUU